AUGUUCGACAUUUGGAUCCUGAUGCUCCAACUCCAGGUUGCAUCCCGAAGAUCAGGCGUGGAGAGCUGGCUGCAUGACUGCUCAUUCAACGAGCGCGCUUUAGACGCUACAGAGCUUGAUGGAGGAAGGAGGAUAUGGAAGUGGGCUUGCUUUUGUGCUUCCGAGCGUCGAGUGAGUCCCGUUAAGAAAGGGGAUGCCCAAGAAAAGCUGCUAGAAGCUGUCAACGAGUGGCCUCCAACAAUGUUAAUACUGGGAAGCCGAGGCAUUGGAAUGGUGAAAAGGACGUUCCUGGGAAGCGUGAGUGACUAUGCUGCACAGCAUGCUGAAUGCCCUGUGCCCUGUCAAGCUUCCACAGCCGUAAGAUUUUAUGUGUUUCAAAUGCCUUUUUUCUCUUUUUCUUUUGAGGGACCUAUAAGCGGUGCGUUCUUCAGUCGGCACUUUCUUAAGUUUACCUUCAGAAAGCAAAUCGAUUCGCUUGUUCAGGACCAAAAUUCUGUGUUUUUGGAUCCUCAAAGCGACACUUCAACAGUAAGUGUGAAUUAAAGAAGAGGAUCGGGAACAUUGUGGAUUGCAAUA